AUGGAGAUCAGGUGGUUUAAGAGGACAGAGUGUUUUUACCAGUAUAAGAAUGGAGAGAGGACUGAUGGAGGAGAGUACAGGUGUGAGGUCAUCUGUGGAGAGGGUCAGAGGUCAGCAUUACAGGCUCACUUGCAGGUCUAUGUGGGAGGAGAAAGCCCCAGUUUAAACCUGCCAGUAUCUCCUGAGCUGAGGCUGGUGCUACUGGGGCUGAGUGAGACAGUGAAGUGGGCAGCAGGAAACACCAUCCUGGGCAGAGAGGAGUUUGGGAUCCAGGCUGCUACAUCCACAGAGACCCAGCACAGUGAGAGCAGACAGGGGGAGGUGGCUGGGAGACAGCUGGUGGUGGUGGACACUCCUGACUGGUUGAGUCCUGGACUCUCUCAGGAGGAGAUGAGGAAGGACGUGGGGCUCUGUGUCCAUCUGUCUGCCCCAGGACCCCACACCUUCCUCCUGGUCUGUCCACUGGAACCAUCUGACGGAGAGGACAGCAGGCUUCUGGAGAGAAUGGAGGACAUUUUUGGAGAGUCCUUUUGGGGGCACACUAUGAUCCUGUUCAUCAAUGCUGAAGGAAUAGUUGGGAAGAAUCUGGAAGACUUGCUGAAGGCAAGAAGUCAAGCACUUCAACAGCUAUUAGACAAAUCCAGGAACAGAUGUCACCUUCUAAACAUCAAUGACAUGGCAAAAGGCACUGAGGUCAGAAAACUGCUGGAGAAGAUUGAGGAGAUGAUGUCAAAAAACAGAGAGAAAUUCUACAGCAGUGAAACUUACCUAAUAGCAGAGAACCACCUGAAAGAGAUAGAGAGAAAGAUUCAGAAGGAGAGAGAGGAGAGGAGAGAAAGACAGGAGAGAGAAAUUAGGGAGAAGCUGGAAAGGGAGUUGCAGGACUCGCUAAAGCAGAUGGAAGGAGAGCUUCAGGAAAAAGAGGAGAAGAUUGUUGUCUUAGAGAAAAGGAUAAAUGAUUUAGAAAUAGAGCUAGAGAAUGAAAGGAAUGAGGAGAGAAGGAAAGAACUGGAGAUGAAACUGAAAGAGGAGUCAGAGUACAGGAAAGAAAUAGAGAAAGAGCAAGAGAGGCUGAGAGAGGAGAUGGAGAGAGAGAAAAGAGAAAAAGAGGAGAAACACAGAAGAGAGUUGGAGGAAAUCAGAGAAAACUAUGAGAUGGAGGCCAAGGCUGAAGCUGAGAGAAACCUCAUGAAAAUCAUCCUGCCUGAACUACACAGCAGCCUCAGUAUCUCAGCCACAAAGAUGAGGAAUGAAUUUAACAGGCAGCUGGAGCAGAGAGAUGGAGAGAUAAAAAGA